AAAGAGCGAUCCAAAACGAAUAGGUUGAUUAGCAGAAUCGUCGCUUCUGUUCCGACAAACACGAACGAAAAGCAGCAAAAUAAUAAAAUAACAAAUAUAGGACCCAAAUAAAGGCACCAAAAACGGUAGAAGUCGGUUAAAUUUCACAGUGAAUAUCGAAUAUUGCUGAAUCCCCAGCUGCGGCUUCCUUUUUCUUUCAAAAUCCUCGAGUAAGUGCAGGCGGAGAGCGAAAAGAGCGCGCGAAACGAGGAGAGACGGCGAGUAAAUUUGAGCCAGAAUUUCCGAUUGAGGUGACUUCCUAGGAAUAGUGAACUGAGCCAGAGACGCUUAUCAUCAGGCGGUUAUUAUGAAAGGCAAUCAUUAUAAAAUGUCUCGUAACAAAGACAAAUACGACAGCGCCAAUCGGCGGCAGCAGAUCUUUCUGUCGCAGGAGGACAUAGCUGCGGGCAAGAAGACGAACUGGAGUGGCCUAGAGAUUACUGGCUGCGUCCGCAAUAUCAGCCCGUCGCUGUGGGAAUUUGAGCAUCUAACCGCCCUCUACCUGAACGACAACCAGCUGCUGCGAUUGCCCGCAGACGUUGGCAUGCUGACCAGCCUCCGAACUUUGGACCUGUCCAGCAAUAAGCUAAGAAGUCUUCCCGCAGAGCUCGGCGAGCUCAUCCAGUUGCGGGAGCUGUUGCUGAACAACAACUUUCUGCGCGUACUGCCUUACGAGAUCGGCAAGCUGUUCCACCUCGUCAUACUCGGCCUCAUGGGCAAUCCGCUGCAAAAGGAGUUCAUGAACAUCUACAACGAACCGAACGGCACGCAGAAACUGCUCACCUACAUGCUGGACAACUUGUCAUUUACCGUGAAUCCACCGCCCCAGAGGCCCUGGCUGCCACUGGCCAAGCCCAACAAAACGCGACCAGCCUGCAUUUUUACGGUCAUGUGCUAUAAUGUGCUCUGCGACAAGUACGCGACGCGACAAAUGUACGGAUACUGUCCGUCGUGGGCGCUAUGCUGGGAGUACCGAAAAAAGUCGAUUAUCGACGAGAUACGGCACUAUGCAGCGGACAUUAUCAGUCUGCAGGAGAUCGAAACGGAGCAAUUCUAUCACUUCUUCCUGCCGGAACUCAAGAACGAUGGGUACGAGGGAAUCUUCUCACCGAAGUCGCGUGCUAAGACUAUGUCCGAGCUGGAGAGGAAGUACGUCGAUGGCUGUGCGAUAUUCUUCAGGGCGUCCAAGUUUACGCUGAUCAAGGAAUCAUUGAUCGAGUUCAAUCAGCUGGCAAUGGCCAAUGCCGAGGGCUCCGACAACAUGCUGAACCGCGUAAUGCCUAAGGAUAACAUCGGUCUGGCCGCACUGCUCAAGGUGAAGGAGAACGCAUGGGAGCCGAUGUCCGAGGUGACGCAGAUCUCGCAGCCGCUGCUCGUCUGCACGGCGCACAUACACUGGGACCCUGAGUUCUGCGACGUCAAGCUCAUCCAGACGAUGAUGCUUAGCAAUGAGUUGAAGACGAUCAUCGACGAGGCGAGCCACAGUUUCCGACCUGGUCACAAGAACGACUCCAAUGCUGUCCAGCUGCUGCUGUGCGGUGACUUCAACUCGCUACCCGAUUCAGGCGUUGUGGAGUUUCUCGGCAAGGGCCGCGUUUCCAUGGAUCAUUUGGACUUCAAGGACAUGGGCUACAAGUCCUGCCUGCAGCGGCUGCUCUCGAACGACACCAACGAGUUUACGCACUCGUUCAAGCUAGCCUCCGCCUACAACGAGGACAUAAUGCCGCACACCAACUAUACGUUCGAUUUUAAGGGCAUCAUCGACUACAUUUUCUACACGAAGACGGGCAUGGUGCCGCUGGGCCUGCUGGGUCCUGUCUCCAAUGAUUGGCUGCGCGAGAAUAAGGUUGUUGGAUGCCCACAUCCGCAUAUACCCUCUGAUCACUUCCCACUGCUGGUCGAGCUAGAGCUGAUGCAUACGGCUAGCCAACAGGCGCCUCCUAACGGGCUGAUCAAUCGCCGGUAGCAAUAGAAUAGACGCGGCAGACCCACCACCAGCAACAGCACCACAACCAGUACCACCCUGAUGACGACGACGACGGCGACGGCGGCCACGCGCACGUCGGCUGCCAGCGGGGGAGGAAGCGGGAGUGGGACUGGGAGCGGGAGUGGCGGAGUAGCUGCAAGUGGAAGUGGAGGCGGUGCACUCAUGAUCCCGGGCGGAUAUAGGGGUCGGAGCUGCAGCAAUAGCGGAUGCCAUCGUCUGACGGCUGCUCUCGGAGUGGCAAGAAAAGCAGUGAAUCCUCCCCCGCCGCCGCCGGCGGAUAAGCAGCAAACCGCCGCUCCCCAUCCCGCUCCCAACUGACGUGGCGAUCUGCUCGCAUCAAAAUUCAGUUUAAGUUAGAUACGACAAACUUUGAUUUCUAAUCCGGUCCCUCAGCUCUUGUACCCACCAUCCCCCCAAGAACCCUAAGUUAUAAGCUGACGACGUUGUGGAGGUCCCGCCGCUUUGUGCGCUGGAUCGCAAAGUGUGCUCACCAAUGCAACACAUUAACUAAGAUCGUAAUCGUAAUAGGAAGGAAUAUAAUUUACUUGCUGCACACCUCUUACGCGCUUCUCGUUUUGAUUUAUGAACUGCACGUUUUCACCAUCGAAUAAAUCCAUUAUAUACAAUAUGCACAUGUCAGCAGUUAAAUUCUUAAAUUCAUCUAUCCACAUUGUAAAUCUAAGCCGAUUUCGUUUAGCCACAUUUUUAGCAGCCGUUCGUAAAAAGUUCCCCGAAACCAAUUAUGCAUUAAGUGAAAAGUAAAUUACAUUGUGUAAAAAGUAAAAGAAAAAAGAUAUCUAAGUAAAAAGAACAUAUGCAAAUUUAUCUGAUCAACCCGUUUUCCAAAUUGAGUCUGUCAGGGUUAAAAAAAACUACAGAGUUACCACAUACAACUAAUGUGUAAAAAAACUAUUUUGGCCAGGCAAGUAAAUGCUCCAUAUGUGCAAAGUAAAAUAGAUCUAGUUGAUAAUGCAGCCGCAGAUUCAUGUAAUGUAUAACAUUAGAAAGCUUAAAAAAAAAAAAAAAAUGGUCGUCUGACUAUAAUUUGAGUGCAUUGGGAUAGGUCGUUUUGUGUGGAUUGGAAUCGGUCAAAUAUUAUGGUGGCGGAACUUUUUACAAUAAGAUUCUUCUUAACAAUCAUGCAAAGUGAAGAAAACUGUCAAUGUAUUCAUUUCCGCUACUCCGAUUCUGAAGGAUAAGAAAUACACCCACCCUAUUGUGCAUAUUUAGACCUAAAAAGAUCUUACAAAAAUAAACUAUGUGUACAUACAUGCGUGCAGCAAAAAUACAAAGUAAAUGUCGAAGGAGAAGUAUUUUUAAGUAUUGAACGAAGAUCCGUCAUCUAUGGAAACGUUUCAGCACACAGAAAAUCUUCAUGUCCGGCUGCCCUCAUUGAAAACUCAAAAAAAGGUUGAGUGUAUCAGGAUAAUAAAGUUUGUAAACUGAUGGCAUAAACGAGGCGCAAAUCGGCAAGCGAUCUUCAAUCACCGAAACCCCUCAUCAAAAUAAAUAAAAUCAACAG